AAACGCAAAAGAUUAGCCAAGCAGUCGUUUCCUGGUGCCGGGAAUACUUAGGAGUAUGAGGAUAUUUAUAGCGUUGGCUCUUCUGGCGGCGCUGGGUGUAGCAGCCGCUACUCCUGUAGGAUGCUGUGGAGGUGGUUCCUACGGCAGCGGGAGAAGAGGAGGUCAUGCGGGAGAUGGAGGCAGUAGUUAUGGAGGUAGCGGCCGAGGCGGUGGUGGCCGGAUUGUGAAAGCACAGCUCGUUAGAGUUGGUAGUCUCCCCGGCACCGGUAGAGGCAGUAGUGGAGGCAUAGCGAGGUAUGGCACUCGUGGCAGUGGCGGACGCAGGAUUUCCAGAGGACCUAGUAUUGUCCGAGCUCAUCUGUUAAGUGUUGGCACCUUCCCAAGUACCGGUAGCAACAACAGGCGAAGUUACAGCUCUUAUGGAGGAGGAUCUCGAAGCAAUUUCAAAGGCAAUAGCAUUGUGAAAGCACAGCCGGUAGGUGUUGGCACCAUCUCAAGUAAUGGUGGCAGCUCCCAUAGAGGAAGAUCUCAAAACAGCAAUGGAAGGUCCAGUGGUCCCGGCAUCGUGAAAGCACAGCUUGUAAGUAUUGGCAUCAUCCCAAACUCUGGUGGCAGCGGUGGGGGGAAACCUAACUCCCAUGGGGGUGGAUCUCGAAGCAGCAUUGGCAUGUCCAGUGGUCCCAGCAUUGCGAAGGCCCAACUCGUAGGUGUUGGCACCCUCCCACGCAAUGGUGUCAGUGGCGCUGGUAGUUAUAACUCCCACAGAGGAGGCUCUCAAGGCAGCACUGGAAGUAGUUCCAGCAUUGUGAAAGCACAGCUGGUAGGCUUUGGCACCCUCCCAAGGACUGGUGGCAGCAGUGGGAUAAGGCCUAGCUCCCUUGGCCAUGAACCUCAAAGCAGCAUUAGCAGAUCCACUGGUCCCACCAUUUUGAAAGCCCAACUAGUAAGUGUUGGUACCCUCCCAAGCAAUGGUCGCAGUGGAGGAGGCCUUUAUAGCUCCCAUAGAGGAGGACCACGUAGUAGCAAUGUAAGAUCCAGUAGUUCUAGUAUUAUGAAAGCCCAGCUGGUAGGCGUUGGCACCCUCCCAAACUCUGAUGGGAGUGGCGGUGGAAAUUCUAGCAACCAUGGAGGUGAAUCUGAAACCAGCAUUGAAAGACACAGUGGUCCCAGCAUUGUGAAGGCUCAGCUUGUAGGUUUUGGAACCCUCCCAAGUACUGUUGGCAGUGGUGGUGGAAGUUCUAGUACCUUUGAAGGUGGAUCUGAAAGAGGCAUUGUGAAAGCCCAGCUGGUAGGUGUUGGCACCCUUCCAAGUAGUGAUGGGGGAAAUUCUAGCUCCAUUGAAGUUGAAUCUGAGGGCAACAUGGGAAGGUCCACUGGUCCCAGCAUUGUGAAAGCACAGCUAGUAGGUACUGGGAUCCUCCCAAGCUCUGGUGGCAGCAAUGGGGGAAAUUCUAGCUCCCCUGAUGAUGGAUCUGGAAGCAGCAUUGGACGGUAUACUGGUCCCAGUAUUGUGAAAGCACAGCUGAUAGGUGCUGGCACCCUCCCAAGCUCUGGUGGCAGCAAUGGGGGAAAUUCCAGCUCCCACGGGGGUGAUUCUCAAGCUAGCAUUGUGAAGGAUCAGCUAGUAAGUGUUGCCACUCUUCCAAGCAUUGGUAAGGGCAAUGGGGAAAAUCCUAGCUCCCAUGGGGGUGCAUCCGAUACCAGCACUGUAAAGGCUGAACUGGUAAGCAUUGGCGUCCUCCAAAGCAAUAGUAGCAGUAGUGAAGGUUUAGCUCCCAUCACCAAGGAUCUCGAAGCAGCAUUGGAAAGUCCCGAAGUCCCAGUUUUAUAAAACCCCAGCUGGUAGGCAUUAGCACCCUCCCAAGUGCUGGUGACAAUAGCAAUGGAAGUUCAAGCUGCCAUGGAGGUGGACCUCAAAGCAGAUUUAGAAGGUCCAAUAGUCUCAGCAUUGUAUAGGUAUAACUGGCAGGUAUUGGACCUCUUCCUAGUGCUGGUUGCAGCAGUAUGGACAUCAUAGCUCCCACAUUGAUGGAUUCUACAGAGGGCAUGGUAUGUUCAGCAGUUCAAGCAUUGUCUGAGCUCAGCUGGUUGGUGUCUGUCGGAGGUGGCAGAGAAGUUUGCAUGAUGAAGCUCAUGAUAACAAUAAGCUCCAGGAGCACUAGUAUUGUCCGCCCCUUUUUGUUUGGAGUUACCAAACUUCCCUAGGCAAUGGGCAUGGCUCCAGUGCUGUUGCUACCAUUAGGGAAUAUGGUUGGUAAAACAAAUGUCUAGUCAUUUUAUGGGUACUUCUGUAAGUCAAAUAAUCUUUGUAAAUUCAAUAAAACGAAAACUGAAACUGGUUUAUUUAGGUCUGUCCUUAAUUACAACUUUAAUUGCGAUUCGUGAACCUUGGAUUUAAGCUAGAUGGAUAAGUCUUAGGGAUAAGUCCGAUAUGCAAAGCUGAGCCUCGUCCGGCUAUGCCCAUGAGGGAGCUCGGCCUGUGUCGACUAAUGUCGACUCGCUAACGUGUGUCAGCUGGUGCUGCCUCGGCUUAGUCCAUACCCGCCGUGAGGCCCAGCCACUGCAGUAACCUCCAGGCGACAAUUGCAACUUCUCGCGCCUGGGCGGGGGGCGAACCGCCGACCACUCGGAUGAUAGGCCGACACGUUACCACAGUACUAGCCCAGAGGUUUUUUUUACUUCUUUAUCACCAGAAA